AGUAUAUAUACUCAUCACCACACGAUCAUGAUGAAAUUUAUUCAUUGUUUCUAUGGCUAACUUUUGAAUACGCGCUGACUGUAAACGUCACCAACAACAAUUAUUCAACGAAUAUAGUAUGUAGCCACAAUUUAAUAACCACCAUGGUUAUCAAUCAUUUGUUUGCAGUUCGGCGGCUUUUAAUUGGUCAUUCAUUACGAUUCGUUAGAACAAUAGAUAACAAACAGUGGUUGCCAGCAAUUAACGUUGUUCAAUUUCAUAUAAGAUCUCAACCAAAUCAUCGUAAUGAUCGACGUCAAAGUCAAUCAACUAGAAAACGAAUCAACGAAAGACAAUCAUUCGGGAAUGGAUCAAAUUCUGGUGUUUAUGCUGUGGCCAUAGUACUCUCAUCAAUCCUUGCUAUUUAUGUUUACGAACGAUGGAACAAAAUAAAACGUCAUUCUUUGACUAAUAGCGGCCGACCUAUACUCUGUAAAUCAAUACCUGAUCAUAAUGACAAAGUUGGUGAAUUGACCGUUGACGACAACCAACGGCAAUCAGGUCAAAAGUUUAAAGCAAAUUCUGCCACAUUCUCGUCGAUGAAUGUUAUAGCCGAUAUUGUAGAACAAGCAUCACCUUCAGUAGCUUACAUCGAAGCCUUUCAAAGAUGUGCCAGUUCAUUUGCACCAAUGGCCAUGAUGUCUGUAUCGUCUGGUUCAGGAUUCCUUGUGGCUGAUGAUGGUCACGAUUCAGGCAUCAUUUUAACAAACGCUCAUGUCAUAGCCAAUUGUCAACAAGUGGUCAUUCGAUUUGAUGAUGAUCGACGGAUACAAGGCCAAGUCGAAUUCAUCGAUGAACGACUCGAUUUAGCCACUGUUCGAGUGCCGUUAUCCGAAGUAAGCCAUCUUAAACCCAUCAGAUUGUUGGAUGAUUCGAAAAACGUUCGACCGGGCGAAUGGGUGAUUGCAGUUGGAGCACCGUUUACAUUAUCCAACACAGUAACCGUAGGGGUUGUCUCUUCCAUAUCACGAGCUGGACGCGAUUUAGGCAUUCGAGAAAGUGUCGAAUAUAUCCAAACGGAUGCAUCGAUUAACAUCGGUAAUAGUGGUGGUCCAUUACUAAAUUUAGAUGGUGAAGCCAUUGGUAUCACCACUCUAAAAGUUGGCGAAGGCGUAUCAUUUGCAAUACCGGCCAAUUAUGCUCGAAAUUUUCUUAGCCAAUGUACAUCAUUACGACAUGGUAACCAUUCUAUACAUUCGAAUAGACUUGAUCCGCUGGCAACAAAUAGACCGAAACUGUAUAUUGGUUUUACGAUCAUAACAUUAACCGAACAAUUGAUGGAAUCAUAUCGACGACAUGGUCAUAAUCGUUCUGAUUCUCUACCCGACGAUUUACGAUCUGGUGUCAUGGUUUACAGAGUUGUUCAAGGUUCACCUGCUCACCUGGGUGGAUUAAAAAACGGUGAUAUUAUUGUGUCCAUCAAUGGACAACCAGUGCAUUCUGCCGAAGAAGUAUAUAAAAUAUUGCAACAAGAUGGUCAUCAUAAUACGAUAAUCGAAAUGGAAUUUCAAGUGAAAAGAGAUCAUGGGCAAGAUUUAACGCUUAAAGUUAGGCCACAAUUGAUCAUGGAUCAUUGAUCAUUUGAAAUUGUAAUUUGUAUUUAUUAUUAUUUUCUUAAUUAUUUUGUUAUUUUUG